UUUCCGCUUCCGGUUUAUUGUGCAGUUCAGGGCCGCGCGAUCUCUUAUUUGUUUCUUUUUUUUACCCUGGCGCAUUUGUCCCAGUCGGUGUAGAUUAUGGAUCCAAGUAAGAUGAAAGUACAGGAGCUGCGGACUGAGCUCCAGAAGAGGGGCCUGGAGUGCAAGGGGCUGAAGGCCGAGCUGUGUGAGCGGCUGCAGGAAGCGUUAGACACCGAGCUGCUGGGGACAGACGAGGACAGUACGGAGCUACAAGGCCUUGCGGUGGAGGACGAAGAUGAAGCGCUGGGUCUGGGGUCGGAUGAUGACGAUGAGUUACCCCAGGAGGUCGGAUCACAAGAGGGGGAGGCGGACAAGAAACAGAAAGAUAAGGCGGCCGCGGAUAAAGCAGCCCCGGUUAAGGCACCCGCGGUUAAGGCAGUCGCAGAUAAACCUCCCCCGGAACGCAAAAACCCAGCAGCUCCUGCACCGGUCGCACAGAAGAAAGAGACCCCCAAGGCUAAACCCAAAGCAGUCAGCCAGCCCCAGAGAACAGGACGAGGGCGAGGGCGCGGCUCACACAACGGAGCGACGAACUGGAAUGUGAUGGUGACCGAGGAGGAUGAGGAUGGGCCAGAGGCAGCAGCGGCUGGGGAUGAGAGCUCUGAGAGCCAACGGCAGGGAUUGAAGCGGCAACGUGAGGAUGAUAAAGAUGAGGGACGAACCUACCAUGAAUUUAAGGAGGAAUCCCUUUUCACCAGGUCUAAGUCUCCCCCGCCACCUGAAGUGGACUUGGAUGAAGUGGAGGACAGCGUUGUGUGUCUUGAUAACGCAUCCCGUGACCUGCAGUUUAAGAUGGAUAAGGACCGGUUGGGUGGAACCUCCCACUUCUUAGACAAAUUUCCUACAUUGUGGUCAGGGUCUCGUGCAACACAUGGAGUGACUAAGGGCAGUGUCUGCUUUGAAAUUAUGGUGCAAAGGAACGUGAAGCCAAAGGCGGGUUCAUCAGAGAUCCCCGUCAUACGUGUUGGUUGGUCUGUUGCAGAUUCUUCCCCUCAGCUAGGUGAAGAUGAACUGUCCUUUGCUUAUGACAGCCGAGGGCUGAAGGUCAACAACUCAAAUUUUGAAGCAUACGGAGAUUCAUAUGGAGAGUAUGAUACGAUUGGCUGCUUUGCGGACUUGGAUGGAGAAACAGUGGAGCUUUCAUUUUCCAAAAAUGGUGUUGCCCUAGACCCAGCGUUCUUCUUGGAGAAGGCAUCUCUCGGGGACAAAGCCCUGUUUCCCCACGUGAUGUGCAUAGGCUGUGCUUUCCAGGUGAACUUUGGGCAGAGGCAAGAACCCUGGUACGACCCCCCAGAUGAAUUCACCUUCAUUAAGAAUAUUGAGUUGGCGAACCUGACAAGGAGUAAACCAUUACCCAAAACUAAAGAAGAAUGUGAGGUAAUUAUGAUGGUGGGACUCCCAGGUGUAGGCAAGAGCACAUGGGCGCGCAAACAUAUGACAGAGAAUCCAGAGAAACGAUACGAACACUUGUGCAUAGAGCGACUGCUCCCACGGCUAAUGACAUUGGGGCCAGAUACUACAGAUAAAGACGACCCUAAAAAAAAAGAUGAUCUAACCAAGUUAGCAACACAAUGUCUGAUCAGAUUGGUGGCCGUUGCGGCGUCCCGGAAGGGAAACUACAUAAUAGAUCAGUGCACCGUCUAUAAUUCUGCUCAACGCAGGAAGAUGAUUUGUUUUAAAGAUUUCUAUCGGAAGGCAGUUGUAAUUAUUCCUAAGAAGGAGGAAUGGAAAAAAAGGCUGGAAGAACGCAGGCAGACAGAGGGGGAGCUGAUUCCCAAACUUGUUCUUCUGGAAAUGGAAGCCAAUUACUUUAUUCCGAAGAAAAAUGAAUAUUUAGAAGAGGUGGUGUUUCCAGAGCUGGAUUCAAAGAACGCUGUAAUUGAGGUUGCUGCAGCUAAAAAAGAGGCACAAAAGCUGAUGCCCUUAAUCAACAAGAACAAGCGCCAGGAAAGUCAGAAACGCUCAAAAAGAGGCCGCAAUAAUUACCAGUCGACAGGUGGUUACCAAGGUGGCUUUAAUAAUCGUUCAUUUAUUCCACCUUCAACUCAACUGGUGUAUCGCCAACCGCAGCAAUACUUCGGAAAUGUUAGAAGGGAUUAUCCAGCUUACCCGAACUACCAGAGGUACCCUGUUCAGCGGGAACAAUUUUAUAACGAUCCCUACUAUAGAAUGUCAGAAAGAGACCUAUGGAUGCGCUAUGAACGGACACGGCCCUGGAACUAUUUAAAUCGCUAUAACUGGUGAAAACGCCACAGUAGCAUGGAUAUCAGAGUGCGUUUUCCGUGGAGUGCUGCGGAAUUCUGAUAGUGUAUAUUUUUUUUUUUUUUAUGUCAGUGAGUGCCGGCCCACAAAAAUACUCAAGUAUUUUAUGAGAAGUAUAAGUGGACUUGGUGAACGAUUUCUUAAAGAACUUUAAACACUCUUCCCUGAAUUUCAGUCUUUUCUGCCGGUCUAUAAACAACGCAUUUUGUUCAUAGAACAUUAUUAAAGUUUUUGUGUGCAGACUUGUUUUGCCUAUCAGAACAUCUGAGCUUUAGUGUGUCAGAGUUUUUAAACACGCUGUUAUGUUUUCAUUAAUCUGCCCAUUAAGGGAAUGCGCAGUAAAUUGCCAUUUUAAAAAAAAAAAACAUUUUUAUGGUUUUGUAUGUAAUUUUUUUUUUUUUUUCUUGAUUUCCAUUCUUAGUUUUAUAAUUUGUUUUUUUACUGCUUUACCAUUACCUUGUAUUGUCUUAGGUCGCCCUUUGUUUUAUCGCUUUUUACUGCUGCGCCUUUGUAACUUUUUGUUUAACUUCAUCGCCAUCAAUGCUGACUAGAAAUUCUCUCUGACUUUGACGUGUCCGUUUUUAUUUUUUCAUCUACUGCUUUUUGUGCACUUUGACCAUCACAUAGGUGUUGAUAUUGUUACAUUUGUUAGAACUAUAAGCUGAAUAAUAAUUGUCAAAGUAGUGUUGUGUAGUGCAGAUAUAGUGCGGAAUACAUGACUUAUGUCAUUUUAAACUGAUCAGUAUAAUGAGAUCCUGUGUUCACUUUCAUGUUGACACACUGGUAUUUUAUAUGGCUAAAAAACAUUUAGUGCAUUAAAAUCAUAAUAUCUUGUUACUGAA